CAAAUGUUACACUCGUAUAGUAAAAGGCUUUGAGGACGCCGUAAUAGGCAAUCAUCACCUACGGCGCCAGGAAUACCCCUUCUCUUUUCUAUUGGAACCUUGUCUAUCCUUGAAUAUUGAUUUAGUUGUCCAUUAUAUCUUUGGUAUGUAUGCUCUAUCAAUAUUUCGGUCUCAGAUUCCUCGUUGCGUUCCUCGGGGCUCGACACCCAUCAUCUCCUCUAUUUUUAUCCGUUCGCUUCAUCAUCGGGACACCUGCCAUUGCGUCUUUGUUGCUAUAACGCACCCCAUGAGUCUCUUAGUCAGGUAGCGAUAUUUACCGAAAGUUUCGAAUCCAGAUACCAACCUCCUACCGAAAUUUGUGGAAGCCUCGAAGGCCUCAAUGGCAGAGCGUCUCUCUUGGGCCAGAUAUUUCCUGCAGCAUCCUUUCGCAAUCGUCGAGCCAGUCGGACGCGAUGACAACUCCGUGGCUGUUGCACAGAGGCUUCCGACCGAGUUGAUUCAUCUAAUAUAUAACUUUCUUGGAUCCCGAGACUUUGACUCGGCUCGUCGGACGUGUCAGAGCUGGAUGCGGGCGAGUCUGGACCCGAAACUGCUUCUGCGCGCACUGAAGCUCGGUGGGUGGUUACAGGAGUGCGAAUAUACGAUGGAUCGCAUAGCCUGGGAAGGCUUCGCUUCAGGAACCACUGAUUUCUCGCUCAGGGUAAUGAGCAACCUUCUUGCGCUAACGGAGCUUUGGAAUUAUCCUCAGCGGCUGCCCGAUGGAGAACCUUCGGUAUCUGAACCUCGUCUCUUCGCACCCGCUGCAGUCAUGGACUUUACCGGCCUUGUCCCCGGAUACGAAGAAGACCCAAUGCAGGUGUCCUCCCUCAUUUUCAGGGUGAGCGUCUGUCAGAAGUUCCUUCUUGUGGCGCAUUCAAGUAUGAUCUACGUCUACGAGCUUUUUGAAUGCCGAUUUCACAUACUGACCACAAUUCUCUGUCCACGGCGCGUGGUUGAUAUGAGUAUGGACAGUACAUGCCAGCUCUACGCUAUUGCGGCACUCCUGGAGGGACGAAUGGGGGUGGUGUUCGAUCUCGACACUCGCGGUUGGAGCUUAGCAACGAAGGCGAGACUUGGUUUCGGCGUUGGCGAUUUAAGUCAUUGGGGCGAUCAGCGAAGGCCACCGUCAACGUCCUCUCUCGCUCUGUACCGACUGAAUGCUCCACCGCUUGGCAAUAAUUUGCCUCCGAAUAGAGACGGAGACAUACCUCACGAUCGGUGGACUUUGCCACUCGAAUCUAUCAGAGUGCACAGUGGCUUAAUCGUUACCGAUCUAGAGGAGACACAUCAUAGUCACUACCGCCUGAACCGCCAGAUUUCUCGAGAAUGGAAUAUGUACUCCAGUGGUGUCCCUUUCGAAUGGGAACAAGACGAAUGGGAUGGCUCAUUUCAUCAGAGAAAUACGAGUGUACCGGUUGAGCGAGGGCCGCGGACGAUCUUUCGGGACGUUUUCGCUCAGAAUGAGCCUCCCAUGAGUGUUGGCCUAUGUCCUCAUCGCCGCUGCGUUGCUUUUGGGUCAAAGAAUGGAGUUGAGCUCCAUUGGCCGGAGGGGACUACCGGCGAGCACCUUGUCCGAAAUUUCCAGCUGCGUGUGUCUAGCGACUUUUUACACUUCAUCCCUUCUCGGCCAGGAUAUCCACGAGCUCGAAGAAAGGUUCAACUCGUUCCUAGCCAAGCGCACCCUGACGACUACACGACCACCGAACGGCAGAAUCAAGUUAUAUUGGCCGGGGUUCGCACGUCCUUGGCUGCAUUGGGUGUCUGGGGUGUCUUCUACUCAAACCCUACAUCCGAACCGCAGAUAUCACCAAUCGAUCACUAUCACGUCGUUCCCUUAGCCGAUGGAGUGCACAUGCUCUUCACUGACGCGUGUAAUACCCGCCUCUGUCUUGGUGUAUACGGUGAUCAUGACACUGCUGGACGUCCAGGAAUUCUGAGCCGAAAAUUAAUUUUCAUCCCGCCAAACGCAAGGGCAUCACUGCCUCGCAUAUAUACAGCUACGAGAAAUCCAAGAGCCGGUGUGAAGAUUGUUGCGGUUUACGACAACAUAAUCGUCCAAUACUCAAUCCCCUCCGAUAUCUAUGGGUACUCGCUCAAGGAAGAGACAUCUGGACUAUCCGAAGCGGAUCGGUGCCAUGAUCUAUUGCACUCCUGGAAAUCCAUUUUUAGCCCACCUGGCAAGAUAUCGAGUCCCAGCGACGGACUGUGGCCGAUGUACGUUUAUGGGAUCGAAGUCGCUACCAUGGAUCAUGUCGUGGACGUCGCUAUACAUAAUCAUGCCAACCUUUGCAUCUGGGCCUUUACCCGAGACGGGAGAGCCUCAGCCUGGGUUUUCAACCCGGAAAAGAAGCUUUGCGAUAUUUCUCGAAGUUGCAUUGGACCCGACGGCGACGUGGAUCAUGAAUUCGCUAUUGAUGAGGACGAUGAUGUAAUCAUGAAAGAUAUCGACAAUCACGACCCAGUUUGGAGCUUGGACGGCAUAAGCAUCGACAAUUAUCCCCAAUGGGACGCUAUGCAUGUGAAUUUCGAGGGGAAGUUGGAUGAGAUUUGCCAGUCAGUGACUGGGUUACAGAUGGAACCGGAAGAGUUGAUAUUGUUUGGAUGGGGCGGUUGAAACCUAGAGAAACCCCUUUUAGCCUCGAGCGCUUCGUCCUCAGUCAGGAGUGGAGGUAGAGAGACUUUGACUACCUAGCAUCUAGAUCUCCUCAGAUACACCUUGUUAGACUUCUCUACAUUCCUAUUUCUUCCGAACUAUCAGAACUGUGCUCAGUAUUCUAGGCAGCAAUAAAGCGGCUAAACCACCUUCUACAGUGUACUACUCAGUGCGUAG